AUGGAGAAAAUUCAUGAUGAUGAGGACCAGGGAGACAAGAAGGAAGGGCACACAAAACAUCCUAAGAUGGAUUCUAGAAGAAGGGAAAACUUUGAACAUGCGGGGGAACUUAUACAGUGGCUGGCUUUUGGCCUAUGGAGGAUUUGGAAGUGUAGGAAUGAGGCGAUUUUUGAAGGAAAAUCAAUUGAUCCCCAAGAUGUUGCCUUAUGGUCGAAGAAAGUUCCAGAGUUCGGGGAGAUGCAAGCGUUGAAAAAAUUACAACAAUGUGACAUGGGCCAUGGACAAUGA